UAUCGUUAUUUGCCUGUUUACUUUUGUUUUUCCCUUUCUUUUGUCCUCGUGGUCUUGUGGUUAUACAUCUGUUUAUAUUGUAAUGUGUAGUUAAACAUUUUCUUAGCUAUUUAAACCAGCCAUUUUCCUUUAAGAUAGUCAUACUCGUACAGUUCAGAUCGGAGCCUAGACGGGCGCCCUAGAGGCCCUCGAACGCCAUUAAAAGCUAACGAGAGGUCGGUCGGCUUAAGGACGGCAAGAUGCUUAGUAAAGCGAUUGGUCCGCGAUACGCUCAGUUGCUCCGAUUGUGGUUUCCCACUUUGGGUGCCUGGGGUACAGUGGGUGCUGUUGGAUUGGUGUAUGCCACUGACUGGAGGCUAAUUCUGGACUAUGUGCCCUACAUCAAUGGCAAAUUCAAGAAAGAUGAGUAGGCCAAGAACCUGAUUGGUGGGCCAUCCUUAUGGGGAAGAAGACCAUGAACUUGUUGCUGCUGUGAAUGGGAUGAUUGCUUGCUUUCCAUUUGGAAGAAGAAUUCAGCACAAGGUUCCAUCCACGUCUGAUUGUGGCUAUUGUUUAGAGAAAUAAAUUUAAUCAGCUGUGGACUUUACUGUAUGUUAAUAAAGACCGACUUGUCUAUGACAACAAGUCCUUCAGCUUGUUACAAUGCAGGGUGUGUUGAAAGAAAAAUGGAUUUAAUUAAAAGUGGCUCUUCGUGGGCCUAAACAGUG